ACCAAUAAUGGUUCUCUUCUAGGUCAUGCUGCCUCCUGGUACUCAGCAUUCCGAUGAUAAAGGUGCUAAAGAAACUAUUCUUGAUGAUGAUGAGUGUCCACUGCAGAUAUUCAGGGAGUGGCCUAGUGAUAAAGGAAUACUAGUCUUUCAGUUGAAAAGGCGGCCUCCUGAUUAUAUCCCAAAGAAAUCCAAGAAAAUAACUGAUGGAAAGCCAUUAAAGGGGAAGGAAAGAGUUGACGGGUCUGGCUAUGGCUCUUGCCUUCCUCCUGAGAAACUACCAUACCUGGUAGAAUUAAGCCCAGAUGGUUCUGACUCCAGAGAUAAGCCAAAGCUCUAUCGUCUACAACUAAGUGUCACUGAAGUUGGAACAGAAAAAUUUGAUGACAAUUCCAUUCAGUUAUUUGGUCCAGGAAUUCAGCCUCAUCAUUGUGACCUCACUAAUAUGGAUGGAGUUGUUACUGUAACCCCAAGAAGCAUUGAUGCCGAAACCUACGUGGAAGGUCAGCGUAUUUCAGAAACCACUAUGCUGCAAAGUGGAAUGAAGGUUCAGUUUGGGACAUCUCAUGUGUUCAAGUUUGUGGAUCCCACUCAGGACCAUAUUAUUCCUAAAAGACCUAUUGAUGCAAGUCUUAUGGUCAAAGGUCCGAGACACAAAACUGGAGCUGUUCAGGAAACCACAUUUGAUCUGGAGGGAGAUGUUCACAGUGGAACAGCAUUACCAGCAAGCAAGAGCACCAGCAGGCUUGAUGGUGACAGGACAUCAUCAGCAUCCAGCAGAGCCGAACGAGGAAUGGUGAAGCCGAUGAUUAGAAUAGAACAGCAGCAAGAUUACCGCAGACAGGAAAGCAGACCUCAGGAUACCCAUGGGCCAGAACUGAUACUACCUGCCAGUAUUGAAUUCAGGGAAAGCUCUGAAGAUGCCUUCUUAUCUGCCAUUAUAAAUUACACAAAUAGCUCAACAGUUCAUUUUAAGCUGUCACCUACGUAUGUUUUGUAUAUGACAUGUCGGUAUGUAUUGUCAAGCCAGUACAGACCUGACAUCACUCCUACUGAGCGUACUCACAAAGUCAUUGCAAUAGUCAACAAGAUGGUGAACAUGAUGGAAGGAGUUAUACAGGAGGUAGACCAGGUUGAUCAGAAACAGAAGAAUAUUGCUGGGGCACUUGCCUUUUGGAUGGCAAAUGCAUCUGAAUUACUGAAUUUCAUAAAGCAAGACAGAGAUCUUAGCCGAAUUACUGUGGAUGCACAAGAUGUUUUGGCACACUUGGUUCAAAUGGCAUUCAAGUACCUGGUUCAUUGUCUGCAAUCAGAGCUUAAUAACUACAUGCCAGCGUUCCUUGAUGAUCCAGAGGAAAAUAAUCCUCAGAGGCCUAAAAUAGAUGAUGUGUUGCAUACGUUGACUGGAGCUAUGUCCCUCUUGCGACGAUGUAGAGUGAAUGCUGCUCUGACUAUACAGCUCUUCUCCCAGCUGUUUCAUUUUAUCAACAUGUGGCUUUUUAACAGAUUAGUUACAGCCCCAGAUUCAGGGUUAUGUUCACAUUAUUGGGGAGCUAUCAUUCGUCAACAGUUGGGCCAUAUCGAAGCCUGGGCAGAAAAACAGGGUUUAGAAUUGGCUGCGGAUUGCCACCUGAGCAGAAUAGUGCAGGCAACCACAUUGCUUACCAUGGACAAAUAUUCAAAUGCAGAUGUUCCAAAUAUUAACAGUACUUGCUUUAAGCUGAAUUCUCUGCAGCUACAAGCUUUGUUGCAGAAUUAUCACUGUGCUCCAGAUGAACCACUCAUCCCAACAGAAUUGAUAGAGAAUGUAGUAACUGUUGCAGAAAAUACGGCUGAUGAACUUGCUCGCAGUGAUGGCCGAGAAGUCCAACUGGAAGAGGAUCCUGACUUACAGCUACCUUUUCUUUUACCAGAAGAUGGCUAUUCCUGUGAUGUUGUCAGAAAUGUUCCAAGUGGUUUACAAGAAUUUUUAGAUCCACUCUGUCAGAGAGGAUUUUGUAGACUAACACCUCAUCCACGGUCACCAGGCACGUGGACAAUAUACUUUGAGGGUGCAGACUAUGAAAGUCACCUGUCACAUGAGAAUGCUGAGUUAGCUCAGCCUUUGAGGAAAGAACCUGAAAUUAUCACUGUAACACUAAAAAAACAAAAUGGAAUGGGCCUGAGCAUUGUUGCUGCCAAGGGUGCUGGUCAAGACAAACUUGGAAUAUAUGUCAAGUCUGUUGUGAAAGGAGGUGCUGCAGAUGUGGAUGGUCGUCUGGCUGCAGGGGAUCAGUUGCUCAGUGUGGAUGGUCGAAGUUUGGUGGGCUUGUCCCAGGAAAGGGCAGCAGAACUUAUGACUAGGACAGGUUCUGUAGUAACACUAGAAGUAGCAAAGCAAGGAGCAAUUUACCAUGGCCUGGCAACCCUGCUUAAUCAGCCAUCCCAAAUGAUGCAAAGAGUUUCUGACCGCCGUGGCUCAGGUAAACCCCGACCAAAGAGUGAAGGUUUUGAGCUGUAUAAUAACUCCACUCAAAAUGGGUCACCCGAGAGCCCUCAGCUGCCGUGGACGGAGUACAGUGAACCAAAGAAGCUGCCAGGGGAUGAUAGAUUAAUGAAGAACAGAGCCGAUCAUCGCUCCAGUCCCAAUGUAGCAAAUCAGCCUCCAAGCCCCGGGGGAAAGAAUGCUUACGCAUCUGGAACUACCACCAAAAUAACCUCAGUCUCUACUGGAAAUCUUUGUACAGAGGAACAGACUCUGCCCCCGCGACCUGAAGCUUAUCCCAUCCCAACACAGACCUAUACUAGAGAAUAUUUCACAUUCCCAGCUUCAAAGUCCCAGGACCGAAUGGGUCCAGCUCAGAGUCAGUGGCCAAAUUACGAAGAAAAACCACAGGUCCAGGCAGAAAGUAAUCAUUCGAUCAAUACUACAAUGCAGCGUGUGGCUCGUUCCCAGGAAGAACUCCGAGAUAAAGUUUUCCAGCCAGAGAGGAAUCGUUUGGAAGUUGUUAUACGGAAGGAUGUAGAGUACAUUGAUCGGAAGUCAGACAGCGAUCAGUGGAUGAAUUCAUCUGUGGAUUCUAGCACAUCUAGCCAAGAACACCUGAACCAUUCAUCCAAACCAGUCUCGCCUGGUUCUUGUUUAACUAAAAGUGGACCUGGCCGUUGGAAAACUCCAGCUACUAGCCAGCCAACUCCAGUGGCCGUUUCCCAGCCCAUCAGAACAGAUCUUCCCCCUCCACCGCCGCCUCCUCCAGUGCAUUAUGCAGCUGAAUUUGAUGAACUACAAAUGGAUUUGCCUCUGCCUCCCCCUCCUCCUCCAAAUCAGAUAGGAGCACAAGCAUCUUCCCAGGUAGCCGCUGCUGAGCGUAAAAAAAGAGAAGAGCAUCAGAGGUGGUAUGAAAAGGAAAAGGCACGUUUGGAAGAAGAACGAGAAAGGAAACGUCGUGAGCAGGAGAGAAAACUGGGUCAAAUGCGUUCUCAACCACUAAUUCCUGCUCAGCCUGUGGUUCCCCCUGUUUCCCUUCAACAAGUGAAAUCAGAAAAACCUUCAACUUUGCAGAGGUCUCAAGAAACAGUCAUUCGAGAGUUGCAGCCCCAACAGCAGCCUCGGACUAUUGAGCGGAGAGAUCUGCAGUACAUUACUAUCAGCAAGGAAGAACUGUCCUCUAGUGACAGCCUCUCUCCAGAUCCCUGGAAACGGGAUGCUAAGGAGAAACUGGAGAAGCAGCAACAGAUGCACAUCGUGGACAUGCUGAGUAAAGAGAUUCAGGAACUUCAGAACAAGCCUGAUCGUACAGCGGAAGAAAAUGACCGCCUGCGCAAACUCAUGCUUGAGUGGCAGUUCCAAAAGCGACUUCAAGAAUCAAAGCAAAAGGAUGAAGAUGAUGAUGAAGAGGAGGAUGAUGAUGUGGAUACUAUGCUCAUCAUGCAGCGACUGGAGGCAGAAAGAAGAGCAAGGCAGACUGCUGUGCCAGCAAUCUCUGUUCUAGAUUUGUUACAGGAUGAAGAACGCAGACGGCAGCAACAGUUGGAAGAAAUGCGCAAACGAGAAGCAGAAGACAGGGCCAGGCAGGAAGAAGAGCGCCGACAGCAAGAGGAGGAGCGGACCAGGAGAGAGGCUGAAGAAAAGAGGCGACAGGAAGAGGAGUAUUACAGUCGCUUAGAGGCUGAAAGGCGCAGGCAGCACGAUGAAGCAGAACGAAGAUUACUGGAACCUGACGAGCCUGGUCUGUACAGACCUCCGCUUCCACGGGAAUAUGAACUCCCAUCCCCAACCCCUUCAUCUAACGCUCCUCCUCCCCCACCUCAGCGAAACACCUCUUACCUCAAAACACAGGUCCUCUCCCCUGACACGAUUUAUACUGCCAAGUUUGUUGCAUACAAUGAUGAUGAUGAGGAGGAGGAGGAUUCCAAUCUAGCAGGAAUAAAUUCAUACACUGGAUCUACAGGAGCAGCUGUUGGGGCCCAUGAAGUCUAUCGGGAUCCAAGAGACAAAAGAUCUAAAAGUCAAGAUACAGAUUUACCUGGAGCACCAGAAAACUUGACGUUCAGGGAACGCCAACGACUUUUUUCACAGGGUCAGGAUGUAUCCAAUAAAGUAAAAGCUUCUAGGAAAUUAAUGGAACUGGAAAAUGAGUUGAACACAAAAUAAGAUUAAAGCACCUUAUCAGAUGUAACUGAAGAUCUCUAAAUUGAGGGAUUGAGAUGGGGGCACACUACUAAUGAACAGAAAAUGAAUGUUUUCUGAAAGGAGUGACUUUGAUUCCUCUAUAUCUAAGACUGUUAAUUAAGAUUUAGAGAUGUUGCAAUAGCAAGAAAACUGAUUACUUUGCCAGGAGCUUGUGGUUUAUACAAUGAAAGCACUGUAAAAUUUUAAUGAUAUGAAUCACGUGAAGGUAACUUCUUUCUUUCUUUCUGUUUUGGGGGUUAAGUUCUUGUGCACCAGACCAAGUAGCACUUGUCAAAGAUAAGUUCUCUUUCCUGGUGUUUUACAGACACACUUUUGUUUUAGCUGCUGAGCAGAGAGAGUGAGAAUAGCUUGAACUGCCUAAACUAAACUGUGCACUAGAAAGUAGUAUUUUAGGUUGUUUGGUAAGAAGCCAGUAUCUGGGCCACCUUAAAUAAGACUUUAUAUGCAAGUUUGACAUACUGUAUGGUGUUCAUACAAUGAUCAGCAUAUCAAUACAGAUCUUACCGUUACUCAGUACUGGAAUAACACACAUUCUGUAGGUAGAACCUUGGAAUAAAAACAUUUCUAGGUCUACAUAUUUGUUGGGUCUAAAACGGUUGCGUAAGAAUUCAUCUGUAGUUAUGGAGAAGUCUGUGUGUUGAUGCAUCCCCACUACAUGUGCUUCAGACUUUCAAAAAUGUGAAGAUAAAACCUUUGGAUAAUUGUUCUAUUAAAAAAUUGCAUCAGCAAGAGAUGCUAGGCUACGCUAGUGGCCCUUCAUCGGUUAGGACCAAAACGUUAGUAAUGUGUUAAAGGCGAGGAGUAACGAUUCCAGUUCCAAGGUGAGCAGAACAGAUCUGUAUGUUUUCCGAGAAGGACAGAUUAGAAGUUAGUAGGCAAUUAGGCAAGGAACAGUAUUGAUAAGUCUGCUGUUAUCAGUUCAGCAAUAUCUAUCUUUCUUUUUUUUCUAUGGAGCAGUGAACUGGCGUAUUAGUGUGAAGCAUCAAAUACAAUACUGCUGGCUGGGAGCGGGGAUGUCAGUAAGGUCGUUAACAGACUUGGUGUGCUGGCAACGAACCAUCUCUGCUCACGCGGAGGAAGCAGUGCUAGCGAGCUCUUCUUUAGUCUAGCUGGCUUUACUGACGUCCUGUUACUGUUGUACUGAAAACCUUCUUGGCAGUUCAAGCUAUUUUUUCACACUGUAAUAGCCUUAUUUAAUUUUAAAUUGUUAAUCUUUUUCCUCCCACUAUUUCUCAGCUAUGCGUAUGUGGCUGAUGAUGUUGGGAAUAAGGACCUCAUCAGAGUUUUUCUCAUUGUGUGAUGUUAAGACAAUAUAUAUUGUGAUUCCAAACAAAUUUUCUAUUUGACAAAGCCCUUUACUGGCUUUAGAUGAUUUUUUUUUUCCUGUAUCAUAUUGUUCUCUUAUAAAUAUAUAUUUAGGGAAUUGUGCACACUUCCAAAUACAAAGGGGUAGACUUUCACUGCCUUAGGAAAGAAAUCACUUUUAAUAAGAGUUGUAUGAUAAAUAAAUGCAAGUUAAUGAAAAUUGGAGUGUAAAUAUUUUUUACGUAUUUCAGGUUUCCUAUUUGAAAGUGUGCUUUUACCGUUUCACCUGUUAAAUAUGAAGUAGAAGAUUAAACUGGUUCAAAGUGUUAAUGAAGGAUCUGCAUGCUUGCUAUGUCUGUUAAUCAGGAAAAGCAAGCCUCUCCCAAUUUAUCUUGAGAACACUAGCAGCCUUACAGUGACAAAUUUUUCUUAAGGAAAAACACUUAUGCUGUGGCUGAAUUACUGUUGCUGCUAGAAUCUGAAAAAGGCUUAGCAAAAAAAUACCUAUAACCUUCAGUCGAGUGGAUUUGGCCGCUAUUGGGCAUUCGGGUCAAGUGUGAAUAUGUGUAAAAGUGCUUUUCAUAUUUGUCUGUGCAUUAUUAUGAAAAACAUCAAAACUGCUGUAGUUUCCCAUUUCUACUGUAUUUCACUUGCAACCUAUUUUUAAUAAAGUUUGUAUUGUAUUUAACUUUGCA